GUUGACAACGCAAUAAUUUCCAAGUUGGCUAUUAACUUGACACAGUGUACGUUCACUGUCAAGCAUUUUCAUCCGGAAGCUGCUGCGCAUGCUGAUGCAGCCGGUAUUUCUCAGUCAUUAGUCAUAAAUUCUAAUUUCUCGCUACAGUUCAUUGUUUUGCGGCGUUUUUCUGCGUGACAACCUCUAACGAUUCCAAAGACUUCAUCACACCAUGUCAUACACUAGACUGCCUCAAAAUACUGUGAAGUCAGAGCAACAUGGCAGUACGACAGCUAGACCUGCUGGAGCAAGUGCACGUGCAGUCACCUCAGAAGAGAUUCCUGAAAAUGUGACAUCACUGGGAACCACUAGCUCUAACAGAGUCAGUCCAUAUCACCUGGCCAUGGCAACUACAACGACAAGACACCAAAUGGAGCAACAAGAAAGUAGUUCACAAAACGUCUUUACAGGAAGACUACCUGGCCCGAGAACGCCAGUGUAUGUCCCACUUCUAACUCUCCAGCGGCCAAAUGCUCCAACACUAAUUUCACCUCGCUUUAACCCGGUGCUAUCGCAAACUUUAGCACCAGAUGAUGACCAUAAUGUUGAUGUCAUCGACUCUGGUCUUAUAACAGUUCAAGACAGACGUUCGAGUAGUCACCGUACUGUUGCUGAUCACCGGAGAGACAAUAUGGACAGUCUACGAAUUGAACCGACUUGUGAAUUACCUGCAAGAGCAACAUACAGCAGCACUCAGUACUUACAAUCGGCACCAAUACCACAACCAAUAGCACCAACAGCGAGCUACACACAACGACAUCAGAACAGAAACAUUCCAAUACAAAGCUUCGUUCAAGAAUCGAAGGACAACCGUUGCCAUAUCACCUCCUCUCCACAGCAGACUUCAUACGUGACAGACAAGAGAAACCCUUGGAGGCCUGAGUAUACACAAGUACGUCAGCUUGGCUGCACACAACAGCCUCAUUUUGUAGGCCAGAUAAGCAUCCCUAGACUUUGUAGAGCUGCAUCACUACCGAACACACAAGAACAAAGGCAGCCUGAGCAACAUAGACCACCACCACCAUCUGAUUCUAGUAAUGUGCAUAGACGACCGCCACCAAGUUAUUUUAGUGCAGUGCAGUUUGUCUUGUCUGAAAACAAUCAGCGUCUACCAGACUCAAGUGCAUAUGUAUGCGGUGUGCCUCAUACACAAAACUGCCUUCCAACGUUUGAGUUCACUGCAGGUGGUUUGCUGAACAUAAAUUGGAUAGCAGUAACACCACCUAGUCCAUCACAAGUGAGCCACCUUGAACAACAAUUCCAAAUCAGCCACAGGCUAUCGGACGAAAGAGCAAGGAGACUGGAAAACGAACUACACAUGACUUAUUCAGACAUCUGGACUUGGUUCUGGUAUCGACAAUGGUUACAAGGUUGUUCAACUAGACAACUAGAUCUCCAUCGUUUUAGUUCAAACCUGGCUGGCGGGUUGGGAAUCUCCACAGUAAUGCCACCUCAAGAAUUCAGACUGCCCACAAGCUACACAACACACAACACAAUGGCUCAACCUCCAACAUCCACAAGACAAUGUGAAGAACAUGUCCAAGACACUACUGCUACAUUUUCAGCAGUCAGCCAGUCUACAGAUGUCUUGCAGACACACCGCUACACAGUUGAGGUUGACACACCAAGUCAAGACAAUCUGACCUCAAACGUUAGACAGCCAAUUUCUGUACGUGUUAUACCCAGUGUGAGAGCAUCAAAUCAAGAACCUUCUGCUAAACGGCACUCUAGCUGUGAGGAUGAUGAUUACGAAAGAGGAAAAACAAAGUAAGGAUAAUGUCACUAUUAACUCAGUUCCAGAGACUGCCUAUAGUUAUAGGCAUACAGAUAUCUACAGAUGACAUACAGAUGCACAAAGUUUGAUGCCAAUGAGACGUGUUUGUACUGUGACUACAAUGUAUUGCAGUCUAGUUACAUUUUGAGAAAGAAAUCAAGUCUUUCCUGUUGCAAUCAAGUCUGCCU